UGGUAACGUGUCGUUUUUGGGAUGUAAAUAGUGUUACAGCAGAUUAACUCGAAGAAGUCGCAGAAAUAUAACUGCAAUGUGCCAAGAAGGAUAAAAAUCCAACAAUUGAAUGAACAGUUGAAGAGGCAAUGGAGGUAAAUGUAUGCAUAUAUGUUGUUUUUCUUCAGAACAAUGGUUUGAAGACCUGGUCUGAAGACUGUUCACAUUGGCCUGCAUGGUCUCUAGUGCUACUUUUGCUGAACUGCGUAAUUAUUUUGAUGAUGUCAUGAAUUGCUCUUCCUUAUCUUGUUCUUGCAGAUUAAUUCGUGCACGGUAGUGUCAGCCUUUUACAUGAACCAACUAUGUCCAGCUACAAUAUAUUCAUCCAUAAAUUGAUAACUAGCUAUCUAGCUGUCAAUGCUCACAGAUUGUCAAAAGCACUCCUUUCCAUCCAUAUGCGGUUGUAUAUAUCUUCCCUUUCCCUUUGACCUUUCCUACGCUGCCACUGUUUACGUGAUAAUUUAGGAGCUAAAAUUCUCAUUUCUUAAAUGCAGCUGUUCAAGUAUUAGGCUAACAUAGAACCUCAUCUUCUCAACAGAAUCUUCAAAAUCUUCCUAUUGACAUACAGACCAGUAAGCUUUUAGGUAAGAUUGGAUAUAGUAAUGAAUGGAACAUUUUCUAUGAGUCUUUGGAUUUCUGUAGUGGUACAUUAACCAGUUAUCCCUUGUAGACUGGCUGGUGGACCGACGACACUGCAGUCUGAAAUGGCAGAGUGCUGUAAUGAGCAUCCGGGAGAAGAUCAACGCUGCGAUGCAGGACAUGCCAGAGAACGAGGAGAUCAAGGAGCUUCUCUCAGGGUCCUGUAAGUCCCCCACUCUCCAGACUGCUCCACAGCGACUAUUCAGACAAACGCAGAUGUCUGGUUCUUGCCAUUGACAUACCAAAAUAUAAUAGUACUGAGUUAAAUUUAAUUUUUAUGUCCAUUGUUAUUGCAGACAUCCACUACUUCCACUGCUUGAGGAUAGUGGACAUCCUGAGGGGGACUGAGGCCUCCUCCAAGAACAUAUUUGGCAGAUACUCCUCUCAGAGGAUGAAGGUGAAGUGACAUACAAUGUCUGACAGUUGUUUUUGUUUUUGUCAUUGUUUAUCCCCCAAGUGUGCUGUUUAGCCAUAUACAAACCAGUGUGCUCUGUUUUGUUGCUGCAGGACUGGCAAGAAAUAGUGUCCCUCUAUGAGGCAGACAAUGUUUAUUUGGGUAAGUAUGAGAUUAAAUAGUGUCCCUCUAUGAGGCAGACAAUGUUUACUUGGGUAAGUAUUACAUGAAAUAGUGUCCCUCUAUGAGGCAGACAAUGUUUACUUGGGUAAGUAUGACAUGAAAUAGUGUCCCACUAUGAGGCAGACAAUGUAUACUUGGGUAAGUAUGAGAUUAAAUAGUGUCCCUCUAUGAGGCAGACAAUGUUUACUUGGGUAACCUCCCGAGUGGCGCAGUGGUCUAAGGCUGUGCCACUAGAGAUCCUGGUUCGAAUCCAGACUCUGUCAUAGCCGGCCGCGAUCGGGAGACCCAUGGGGCGGUGCACAAUUGGCCCAGCGUUGUCCAGGGUAGGGGAGGGAAUGGCCGGCAGGGAUGAAGCGCAGUUGGUAGAGCGUGGCGUUUGCAACGCCAGGGUUGUGGGUUCGAUUACAUGUAUGCACUCACUAACUAUAAGUCGCUCUGGAUAAGAGCGUCUGCUAAAUGACUAAAAUGUAAAAUGUAAGUAUGAGGUGAAAUAGUGUUCCUCUAUCCUGGUCGUGGGGAUCCAUCCACAGGGUGUGCAGGCUUUUUUUUCUUCAGCCCAGCACCAACACAUCAAAUUCAACUAAUCAAGAGUUGAAUGAUUUGUAAUUUAGUGGAAUUGAGUUUUUUCGUAACACUGGGCUGGAAUUAAAGCCUCAGUACCCUGUGGGUCCAUGCUCAAGACCGGGAUGGAGGAACACUGAUGGAGGAUGAAUGAACUAAGGUUUGGAUAUAGACUGGUGAGACUUGAGUGUGACUUGAGUAUUGACUCUUCCCUGUUGUGUGACGCAGCGGAGGUGGCCAGCCUGUUGAGCCGCACUGUGAGCUAUGAGGGACCUGCCCUGAGGAAGCAGGUAGCCAAGGCCCAGCAGCUUCAGCAGGAGUUGAGCCGGAGAGAGACUGAGUGCCAGAGCUCAGCCGCGGACCUGAGGGAGCGCUUCUACGCAGGCUGCAAGCAGUACGGCAUCACGGUGAGGACACACAGAGUGAAACGCUGUGGUAUGCAUGUGGUGAAAACAGAGGUACAACAUAUGCUCAGUGUUACGCUGAUGCAUAGGUACACUGAUCCAUAGCUCAAGGCAAGGAGGGUACUGUGUGAUAUUCUGUAUUUUAAAUGGUACACUUUCCCCAUGUCUGGCUGACAAUUUAUUUCUCUCCCAGGGGGAAAAUGUGGCUCGGGAGCUGCAGGCUCUGGUGAAGGAUCUACCAACAACUCUUGGGGAAGUGGGGAGGGACACAGCCAAGCUAGAGGAGCAAAUCCAACUUUACACAGCCUUCACAAACUUUCUCUGUGACUGGUGAGUGUGAAAUCUCUUCCAUGUUCUGUGGAAAAACACAGGGCCUUGCUGGGUACGUCUUUUUGAAUGGCAUCAGUUGUUGAGGAAGAGUCUGUCGUCCUGCCACAGGGAUGAGCCAGUGCUGCCCAUGCUGACUUUCGCCCAAAAGGGAGGUAACCCCACGUUCUAUGAGUGGCGAACAGGAAAAGCACCAUUGGUCAUUGAGAGGCCUGUAAUGGAGGAGGCGCCCCCUGAUACGGUCACAGAGGAAACGGUUUGUUGAUCUUACACACUCACUAUCAUUAUAAGUCGGUCUAAAGGAUGGUAGUGUCCGGGCUGCAUCUUAAAACUAGUGUGAAAUACUUUUAGGGCAUUUGACAAUAUCAUCUUAACUAAAUUCACACACGAUUCAUCGUUAUAGUAAGAUGUCAUGCUGACGGUGUGUGUCUGUGUCUCUAUGUCCACUCAGAUUGACUGGGGUGACCUGGGGGGUGGGACAGGGGCAGAAGGGACACAGGAUGUGAUCACGGUGGAGGAUGGAGGAGUGGACUGGGGCAUCAGCCUGGAGCCUGGCUCUGAGGUAAGAGUUAAGAGAGAACGUACAUUUUGGUCUUCAUACAUUUCUGUAUGAACGUUUUUUUGUUUGCCAUGAAUCUUACUCUCUAUUUUCUUACUUACUUUCUAAUCGUCUUUGUGCAUCCACAAGAUGCCUUAUGUCUUAAUAUGUGUUUUUUCUCCAUAGGACACAGAUGCAGGUGUCAUUGAUUGGGGAGAGAGUGAAACCCCUAUAGAAAUUGAGAUCUUAGAUAUGGGCACGGACUGUGAGUAUUCUUACCUUUUUAUACCUGUAGCUAUAGACAAAACAAAAUAGCUAAAUUAUACUGUGCAAUGUGUCUUCCACAUGGUAGCAGCACAUUAAGAAUGUGAAAUGUGACCGUAAUCUAUGGUCGUGUCAUGUGUCCAGGUCCUGAGGGUGUGGCCAGGGGGGAGGAUGCUCUGUCUAUAUUGGAGACCCCACAGACCCGCAGCCAGUACAUCGACGAGCUGAUGGAGGUAGGUAACCAGUAGGCUCUAACACACAACCCUCUGGUGUUGUAUAAGAACACUGUAAUUGUGCAUUUAUCAGAUUAUGCUUUGAAAUGCAUUGUAUUGAAGUGCAUAGUAUUACCUUUUUCCGUCAUAAGAUUGCAAUGUACAUGGUGAGUUGGUCUUGGCCCACGGUUGUUUACUGACUGGAGAUGAGCGCCCAGACUGAGCCAGUGUGGAUGUGUGUUGGGCAGUUGGAGGUGUUUCUGAGCCAGCGGCUGAGUGAAAUGGGAGAGGAGGGCAAUGUGGUGGCCAUGUGCCAGUUCCAGCUGGCCCCCUCCAUCAUCCAGGGGCAGACUUGCCAGCGCGUCCAGGAGAUGCUGGCCGAAGUGCGCCACCUGCUGGACCGACUGACCAACCUACGGAUGCAGCACCUCUUCAUGAUCCAGGCCUCGCCACGGUGAGUCUUCGCCACAACAUCUUUAUCACCAUCUUCUCAGACCUCUACAACAACCAGUAAUGCCAUUAGCUGGUUCCUUGUAAAGGGUAUUCAGGGGAACUCGCCAUGCUGAAGCAGUGUGUGUCUGUCCCAGGUAUGUGGAGCGUGUCUCGGAGGUCCUGAGGCAGAAACUGAAGCAGGCAGACAUCCUCGUGCUGAAGCGGGCCACACUGGCCGAGAAGAGACAGGAAGCUCUGGAAGAGCAGGCCACCCUGGAGCCCCGCAUCGACCUGCUGGCUCAACGCACCCACCAGCUCCACAAACUGGUACUGUCUCUCUUGUAUGUCUGUCUGUCUGGUAGAUUACAAUGAGGACGGGUAAGUGUGGGACCCACCUGAACUGUGAUUUGUGGUGUGUUUUACAGAUCGAAGCGGACAUUUCAAAACGCUACAACAACCGGCCUGUCAACCUAAUGGGAGUCAAUGUGUAGCUGUUGGAGUUCACCCAGAUUUGUAUCAUUGUCAUCGCUCCCUAGAAAAAAUAAAUGUCUGAUUUGAUGUAAA